AUGGCCAUCUCACAAGGAAACAGUAUUCAAGUUGAGGGACUUCUGGUGAAAGAGUUCAAAGACUCCAGUCUGUCGAGAGAAAGUAGUUCAUGGAUUGAUGAUUCACUAGUGCAGGAGCUGAGAAAUGCGCUGGGUAAUUCCACGGUAUUGACACCGGAAUCCGAAGGUUAUCAGGCUAGCAUCAAACGCUGGAGUGAUGCAAUUGAGAAGAGAGCCGGUGUGGUCGUGUUCGUAGAGUCAGCCCAAGACAUCUCAACCUGUAUCAAUUGGUGUCGCCAAUAUCUUAUCGACUUUGUUGUUUGUGGCGGGAAACACUCAUCCAGCGGUGCAUCUUCCAUCGAGGGCGGUCUAGUGAUUGAUCUUUCUUCGAAGCUGCGAGAAGUCAAAGUUGAUCCCGACACCAAAACUUUGCGCGUGCAAGGAGGCUGUAUAUGGAAAGAUGUUGAUGAAGCUGCCGGAAAGUAUGGACUAGCCAUGGUUGGUGGGACUGUGAACCACACCGGAGUCGGCGGUCUAACACUCGGCGGGGGUUAUGGUUGGCUUUCAGGACGACACGGUCUUACUGUCGACUGCUUACUCGAAGUGGAGAUUGUGCUAGCAGAUGGCAGCAUCAAGAUCGCUUCCGAAAAUGAGAAUCCUGAUCUUUUCUGGGCAGUCCGAGGCGCUGGCCACUCAUUCGGUGUCGUCACAGAAUUUAGAUUCCAGGCCCAUGAUCAGAAAAACGAAGUCUGGUCCGGCCAAAUCGUUUUCGAUCCCGCAGAAAACCUCGUGCCCAUCAUUGACUUCGCCAAUCACCUUGCCAAGGUCACAGACGGAGACUCCGGUAUGGCUAUGGCUCUUGCGACACCACCGUUCAUGGAUUCACCGGCAAUUAUCGCCACACUUUUCUAUAACGGCCCACAGGAAGAAGCGGAGUCUUUGUACAAACCACUCCUUAUCUUGAACGCUGUCAAGAAGAUGACAGGAAUGCGGCCAUAUUCGACCAUGAAUUCUAUCCUAAACUUCGCCGUCGAAUACGGUGGGCGGAAGUGCACAAAGGGUGCCUCGGCGAUCACACCGCUGAACCCGAAUUUCGUCCAGAAUCUCCUCCUUGACAUUGCCCUCUUCCACAAAAGUAUCCCUAACGUCAAAAAAACGAUGGUGAAUAUUGAGAUUUUUAAUCCCAACAAAUGGUGUGAAGUCCCUCGUGACGCUACUUCGUUCUACAAUCGCGGUCGGUACCAGAAUGUAGUGAUUGCACCUUACUGGGAAGACCCGCAGCAUGACACAACAUGCCGCCUCUGGGCCAGAAACAUUGCCAAAAAGUUCAGAAUUGAGAUCGACUGGAGGAGCAAGAUGUUUGGGGACGCCAUGUCAACGCAGGAGAUUGGAGAGUACGGCAACUAUGAUGGACUCCGAGCAGAUUCGCAUGUCAUUUUUGGCAGCAACUACAAUCGACUGGUGGUCCUCAAAGAGGAGUACGACCCCGACGACGUCUUCAACAAAGACUACGCCUUUCGAAACUCGCAAAUAAGCACGGACACGUCAGAUACAAUCAUUCCGAACAAAACUGACCUUCACCCUCUCCAGAAUGGAUCAGCAGUUGCUGCUAAAAUGGAAAAUGGAAGUGACAAAGCGAAUACCAACGGUAUGGGUAGCUAUGAAGGCGGUAUACCGACGCCAGAGUCGAUGCAAGAUCGAAGCGAGAUGAUCGACACUGUCGGGUGA